AUGUCUGUACCAGAACAGAAUACAUAUCCAGAAACUCCUGAGCACAGCACAACGUCUCCCCAUGAUUCAGCGCCUCACUUCUCAGAUCUGGAUCCAAUUUCCCGCUGCGAUAUUCAAGAUGACACUGAUAUCCCAAUCGAGCCGCCCGCCUUCUGGGGAGAUUCGGCAGAGAAUGCUCUAUCAUCUCCCAGUAUAUCUAGCUCGGAUGACAGUUUAGAAGAGUUCUUCAGGCUUCCGGAUGCACAGGACGACAUUCCAUCGACCCGGCAAUCCUUGGCAACCACUGGCCUUGGGAGGAUGGCAGCCUCCAGCAAUCUGUCCCACAAGCCGACAACUUCAUCAAUUCAGAGACGACUUGCUCAUAUCCUGACCCUCCACCCGUUCUUCACAGCCCACCUAACUAUCAUCGAGGUUCCUGUGAAAAGGCUGGUGGCCAGAAUGGUGAUGCUCAAACAAGUGACCACUCUCACAUUCAUGAUCAUCAACAACUGCACCCCUCCCAACAUAACACCGAUCCCGACGCUUUUUCUCCUGAUGGUGUCUGUGGGGACCAUCACGUCGGUGGACAGUCAAAAAGCUCCAAGCGGAAGGCGCAACAAUCAGACGGGCGAGCUCACAAACGGCUUCGAGUUCCAUCAAUGUUGCCGCCCAGGGAGGAUUCCUUCACGCUUUGUUCUCACUUCAUGUCUGCCCCACUUGACGAUCGUUUGCAAUUCCUUUCUUGGUUAUUCAAAGGUGCUCUACCACAUUGCAUGUCUAACUCUUCACCGACAGCGUGUGAAGAGAGAGAUGCGCUGGCAACCAGUUGCUCAAGUACCUCACAUGAGAUUGAACAAAAUCAGCGUGAUUGUAGAAAGGUCCGAGGAGGCUCCAGAAAGAAUAUGCCAUGGUCCAUGGAAGAGGCGAGCCUUCUGCUGA